CUACCUCAUUAUUACGUAUCGAUCGAACUUCCAAAAUGGCUGACACUCAAUCCAGAGUUCCCCAGGAUUCGCAUUUGGAGGACGAUCGGGCUCAUGUCGAGGGACAGUUUGUGGGUGCGACGUUGCAGAUCGGGGGUGGAGGUCCCGGGGUAGAGGGGGGUGAACCAGAUGUGAAAUUUGCUGGAGUACCCGGCCAGGGAUUCAAUCGCCAACAGCGACCUGGUAGUGUUUACGGACGUCAGAGUGUCAAAUCAACAACCAGCCGAACGUCUGUGAGACCGGGGUUGGUAAAGAGUGAAAAGCUCUCCCAGAGCUACUUCAGCUACAAGAGGGAAAAUUCAAACAAUACACAACAAGCGGAAACCAACUUUGACAAAGCAGUGUCCAUCUGUGAGCAGAAAGCUAAACCAGAACUUGAUGGAAAGCGAGUAGGAGCAUGGCUGCUGACAGAAAUCGACCACUGGGAUAACGAGAGGGAGAAGAUCGUGUUGCUGUUUGAGAACUCUGUGAUGACCUACAAAUACCACUUCAUACUCAACAAAGUUGAAGAAUUCAAGCGCAUCCUACUCUGGGUCGUUGACACUGUCUGCAUCGGUGAUUUUAAGUAUCCGGAGAAGAGUAUUAUGCCUGAAAGGAAACAUGGAGGAAUACAAAUCCGUUGGAACAAGGGAGAGGAACCGUCCUUCGCCCAGCGUUGGAAUCCAUGGAGUACCUGCAUCCCCUUUGCCACUUUCUGCCAUCACCCCCUUCUGUACAACCCCAAAGAGACGGAGACAGUCACCUACAACGUGGAUGAGUUCUACGAGUCUCUCAUCAAGGGCAUCAGUGAUGCCUACAAAGCUAAGAGACCCGCAGAAAAGGUCACCAUCCUGGAAGGUCCUAUAAUGAUAACCAGCUAUGCAAGCGUAUCAUCCAUGAUCUUCAAUCAAAGUGGACUUGGGUUCUAUAUGGACAGGAAUGGAAUCUGCUUUUGAAAGAUUAAUGCAAUUUUCCUAUCAGAGUCAGGCAACCUUUAUAAAAACCUGUGUUUCUUGCACUGUUAAGAAAGAGUGCUUUUAUCUAGAUCUUUGAAAUUAAUUUGGUGUGUUUCAGGAUUAUUUUUUCGUAGACAUGUUCAAAAAUUGUCGUUAAUGUUUUAUAUUUAUUUCACUGUGAAGCCAGCACAAACAAAUGCUAAGAUAUGGCAUUCAAGAAGGAAAAGAAACUUGAAAAUAUACCGUGUAUAACCUGGUGCAACAUCCACUUAUAAGGAGAUGAACGAAUCAUUAAAAUGCUAAUUUUCUUCGAUUUUUGGUGAAAAUGGUUUAAGAUAUCAUAGAAAAUGUGGAAUUUUGACAAGUAUAAAUUUCUAUGCUGAUUUAGAAUGCCACUGUUCACUCCCAAAGAGUUCGCAAGUACAAUGUAUAUCACCUAUGACAUACUGUACAUUAUAAUAAGCAUUCCAUUGAUGUUCGUAGGUGAUGCACACUUGAUGCAUGUAUGGUUUUAGUCAAUAUUGUGCCAUUGAACUUUAUGUCAGAAGCACACAAUAUUCAACUGAAUGAGGACAAAAAUCGUUAUAACCCACUGAAAACACCAAAAUACAUGUAACACAUGUAACUCACUGAAAAUAGAGAAUUAUGACAGUGAUAUCUGUCGUAAGGCACUGAGAAUAGAAUUACCUGGUAAGUCAGAAUAACAUUUUGUGUAAUGCACUGAAAAUAAAGUAAUGGCAGAAUAAUACCUGUCAUAAUGCACUGGGUAUAUAAUCAUGACAAAUAUUUGUUAUCAUUUACUUUUAAUUAAAAAAUGACCCAAUUUCUUUAAUAAACUAUAGGUGUACCAAAUGAAAAUUCUAUUAUUCAUGUAAAAAUCUUGAUUUAACAUGAUGAUGCCGGACUGUACUUGUAUUUUACCUUGCCACCUUUGUCAGACAAAUUUGACAAGAAGUACAGAAGCUUUAUCCAUAAUCCUCUUUUGAAGUAAAACUUACCUGGACAAGACUUGUCACAGAUUAUUACCAGGUGAAUCAAAAUUACCAGAUAAUUAUAUGAUCUAAAAAAAAACUUCAGCUCACAUGCAUGAUGAUCGUUUAUCAGUGAUAUCACAGAACACAAAUUUUCCUCGUUUAUUGACAGACUUUUUCCUGAAGAACCUAAGUAGUGGUACCAUAGCUUGUGAAAGUCUUGUAAGUUACUGUUGAACUUCAUUGAAUAAGAACUGUAUCUGUUUAAAGUAUUAUGAAUAUUUUUUUUUUUUCUUUUAAACGAUUGAAGCCCUGUAUUUCGUUUCUUUGUAUAUAUAUGUACAGUAUAUUUUACCAUCUUUCAAACUACUAGCAUCUUCUUUGACUAUAAGAGCUAGAGAUCUAUUUCAAUAAAAAUCAUAUUCCAGAUGCAUGAGACAUAAUUAAAGUGCAAUUUUCAAAGUUUUCUUAAAAAAAAAAUAUUUUAAUUCCUAUAAGUAUUUUUGUGUAUAUCAUAUGUACGGGAGAUAAUUUUAAAUCCCUGGACGUGCCUAAUUUGUUUUAAAUUUUAAUCAUUUAGUAUGAAAUUUGAUGAACUCAUUGCCUCAGCAUAAAACUUUAUAAACGAAAAGUACCAAACUUUUGUUUGUGGUUUUACGUAGUCUGGUUUUCCCUAUCUAGAUUUAAUUGAAACGAUGCCUUGUCCUUGAAGUCCUAUACUGUUUAGGAUAUAUAUAUAUAAGCGUAUUCGACCUAACAAGCACUCCGGCAUCGAUAAUGCACCCCCUCCUUUUUUCAGAAUAAGAGCAUGGGUGUGAUAAUUGAAACUUUUAACCAAAGACUCUUGAUUGUUUUUGCUACAUGAAGUACAUGCAAUGUAAUUGAAGAAAAAGUAAUUUUUUUCCACCCAGAUUUUACAGAGAAAAUUUUCCCAGUACAUGGUUUAAUUAAAUGCAACCCAUUUGUGUUUUGGUAAGUCCACAGAGUUCUUAUUAGGUCAAAUACCAUACAUGUGAUGUUUUUCUAUUUAUUGAUAUUUUAGAGUUUAAAGAGAUUUAUUCAGAUUAUAGAUAUUGAAAUCCCAUCCAUAUUAACGGCGGUUUUGUGAUGUUAAAUGUCCCCAUUUGUUAUAUGAUGUUAAUCGAUGUACAGAAUGUUUUGUUGUUUAAUCUGACUUGUAUGUUUAUAUUUGUUUGAUGUAGAGCUGUAUUUGCACAUACUUAUCAGAAGUGAUAUCACAAAUGUCAGUUUGAUGUCAUCUACAAAACCCUAAUAACUAGAGUUGCUUCUGUAAUCUUCCCUUUGAUAUAUUAGAUAGCAACUACAGUGACCGUAACAGGAUGGGACCAUGGGACUCCCAAAGUCAAAAUCUGACAAAAUCCUUGGUUCACAUUUGUUCGUUAAUGCAAUCUUUUUAACCAUCUAAAUUUAUUUACCCCUUUUGGGACCCCAAGUAAAGGUAUCCACCAGAUGGCACUAUCAUAUACACUGUCAUAUUACCAUUUAUACUUCACAUUAAAUGUUAAUAAGACAAGUACCUGACAGGUACACAGAGAAAAAACACAGAUAGGAGCAGGUGACCACAUCACUUUACUUGUCCCAUCUGGACCCCACGCUGUCUUUUUAAACGGCCAGUGUGCUAUCCUCUUUGCCAAUUUUUUAAACGAGUGAAAUCAAGUGAAAUGCUGAAAGGUGAAUCCAUUAAUCAGAUGCUAUACACUUUUGGGUGAUGGUAUUUCGUCGUUUAUUAUGUGGACUUUUAUUUGACAAUCUUAAUUUGGUUUCUUUUCUUUGUCAAUCAUUUAUUUUAUUUUGCAUAAUAUGUAUCGAUAUUCCAAUCUAUGCAUUUCAUUUCUGUUACUGUUAUAUUUGUUAUUAAUCAUGAUAUUUCAAAACAAGAAUUUUUUUUUUCUUUUUAACUGAAACUUGAUUUAAGCAGAAAUAGAUAUUUCAAUAAUUCAUUGUGUUGAUCUAAACAUUAGCAAGAAUGGAAUUUCUUGUGAUGAUAAGAAAUCUUGUGGAAUCAUGUUGUAGCGCAUUCGUACGUAUAUCCAUAUUGCAGAAAAAUACAUAUUAUCAAUCGAGGUAAACUAUUACUAAUAAUUGCAUAAAGUUUGACUAAUGAACAAAUUGGAACUUAAAAGAUAUAAUCCUGCACUUUGGACAUCUUUUGAAAUGACGGAGGUGGAGAUAAUUAUUUUUCUCCUACAUUUUCCUGUCUGUCAUUAGAUACCACAAGUUGUAAUAGUCAACUUAUUACAUUAUGCUCUCAUCAAUGGCGCAUGGGAAUAAUCACUCACCCUAAACUCGCUGUUGUUUACAUCAUGUAGUAGUCUUCGAAUUAUUGACAUGUCUACCUAAUCAGCUGGCACUGACUUCAGGUCAUUUCCAAUAGAACACUGGGUCAAAUUCCAUGGAAAUUAACAAAAUUGAUGAUGUUACAUGAAUGUGACAUCAUCCUGAGAUUUGAUAAUAAAGAUACAUGUGAGGUGUUUGUUCCCCAAGACGGGGAAAUAUGUGUAAAGUGUGGGUGAAAAUGAUAACCGUACUAAAAUCUUUUUACUGUGUUAGUAUUUAAGCUAUAAAUCCAUAUUAUAACCCUUUAAGUAUUGAAAGAUCUCUUAAUCCCUACAACUAUGUCAAUAUAUCUAUAUACAUUUGUAUUUGUAUUCUUAAACAAUUUGAUGAAUGUCGAUGUAUCCGUAUAUUUGUAUUCUUAUCAAUAUUGUGAUAUUUUUCUGGUCAGGGAUGUAUAGUCUCAAGUCUUGAUGUAUUUAAGCGUGACAACACUAAUAAGAAUACUAUAUACAUAUAUCUGGCAGGAACCUAAGCUACAACAAAAAAUAAUAUACUUAUAUAACCGUCUUUUCUGCAAAAUAAGAACUUUGUUUUGUAUUUGUGAUGAUAUAUAGAUAUUAUGAAAGAAGGAGAGUAGAUUACAGUAUUUAAGAUUAUAUGGGCUGUACUUAUAGAAAAUACUUAAUCCGACAUACAUACGGGGUCAAUGGCUAUUAUCGUGACGAACAUAUUACUGUGACGUAAAAUGUUGCGGGAUAUUGACCAGAAGCUUUUCUUUUUAUGUGAUUGAAUACUAACCAUGUUGUAGAACAUCAAUCUCUGAAAAAGACGUCAUGAAAAUGCUCGCAAUUUUCUUUGGAGUUUUAUGUCACGGUAAUAUAUUCGUCACAAUAAUAGGCAUGGACCCUGUAAGUAUCUAUUUACUAAUCUGUAAAUGAUUUCUUUUAUUCAUAUACACAUAUACAUUUGUACCAAUAUAUACUUCAAAUUAUCAUACACCAUGUCAGGUACCUUGUGUAUUGUAUGCUCAUCCUUAUUUAAUUUGUUGAUGUUUUUAUUUCUAUACUUUUAUACAGAGUCAGAUAUGCUGCUCUUAAUUGCUUUACAGGUUUUGCACUGAUUUCAGGAUAGAGUCUAUAAGUAAUUUUAUAAUGUUUCGCUAGAGAAAAGACAGACUCCUGGCAAUUUGAGGUAUUUCUCAUCAGAUUUGAAAGUUGCAGUCAUAUGUAGCCAAUGAUGCUGAUGUUAAUGAUUUUAUAACGUUUUGCUUCAGAAAAGAGAGGCUCAUGGCAAUUUUAGGUACUACUCAUCAGAGUUGAAAGUUGUAGUCAUAUUUAAUCAUUAUUACACUUAGAAAUACCUACUGCUUUCCAAAACGAGAGUUAAUCAUUGGUCGAUUAGGACAUACAUGUACUUAGUUGGUGAUAAUGUUACUGUUAAUGAUAAACUCAACGAGGGGUUAACAUUGAGUUCCCCCGAUAUGUGCCUAUGCUGUAAAAAUGCAAAAAUAGAGAGGGUGGGCUUAUUUCUGAGCAUGGGAUUAUACCAGGUAAAAUGCGGUAUUUGAAAGAAAUAUUUUUGUUAUACACUUUAAUUUUGGCAAAAGUCAUGACGAAGUAGUGUUUCAGCCUCAACACUGCUAAAUGUAAAAUUAUCCUAAACGUUUUUAGAGGGUAAAUAACUGGAGUUAACAAGCGUUCCUGGCUGUAUAGGAGGGGUGAUAACAUAUCAGUCAGUAUACAUUACCUUUGCUCAAAUUGGGUUGUGAGCUACUUUAUCAAGUUGAUCUUAAUGAAGUUAUUCAAUAAAAUGUACAUGAUGUGUAUCCAGAAGAAGCCCUGUCUUUACCAAUCAGCAGACAUUGUAUUGAGGUCUUUUUCUUUAAACAAUCUGCAGAUAUAUUUUUUUUAACCCAAUAUCAAAUUCUGUUUAAACACAAAAAAAUGCGCAAAUUACAUGGGUUUUUACAGUAUACAUAUCUGGCAUUAGGUCUAGAAGUUUCAUAAGAUGUGCUGGAACUCUGCUGUAAAUUUUUAUAAGUAAACAUACCAGCUUUUAAGUAAAUGAAAAUACAAGUAUGUAUAUUCAUUGUAAUUAAAACUUAUGAGUAAACAUUAAUCACUAUAGCAACCAUCUUCAAUAAAAAGAAAUUAUAAUUUUAUAAAUUGUUGGUAUGAUCCUGCCAAAAUGGUUAUUAUUUGUUUUUCUGAUAAAUAUAUAGUUAGCUGUUUAAUUUUCUUUAAUUGUUCAAGAAAUAUAUCUAAAUGUUUAUGUCAACUGUUAAGCAUUUCUGCUAGAAUUCUUAACAUUUUGGGCACGAGUGUAUGAACAUAAGAUUUUACCAGAUGUUUCACAAACUUGGAAUUAGCUAGAAUUAAAAACUAAUCAUAAACAGCUAUUUAGAUUUUUUGCAAUGACUAUCGAAAUUCCUUCUUGUUUAACUUUAUUGUUGCCAAUAACUGCAUGCUUCCAGCAUAUUAAUUGUAUAACUUUAUUUAAAUUUCAUUUUGCGAUUUGCAGCACUAGGACUACCGUCAGUGUUAUUUUGUACUCGAUGAUUUUCGUAUUGUCAAAUAAAAUAAAUAACAAAUA